CUGUGGGUUGGUGCACAAUAGGAGCGCGGCAGCCGAGAGACGGGCGACCGUUUUGGCCUAAGAGCUGGCGGUUGACGAGGCCGUGGGACCGGGGCACAUCCGCCAUGUUCUGCGAAAAGGCCAUGGAGCUGGUCCGUGAGCUGCAUCGCGCUCCGGAAGGGCAGCUGCCCGCCUUCAAUGAGGAUGGACUCAGACAAGUUCUGGAAGAGAUGAAAGCUUUAUAUGAACAAAACCAGUCUGACGUGAAUGAAGCAAAGUCAGGUGGACGAAGUGAUUUGAUACCAACCAUCAAAUUUCGACACUGUUCUUUGUUAAGAAAUCGACGCUGCACUGUAGCAUACCUGUAUGACCGGUUGCUUCGGAUUAGAGCACUCAGGUGGGAAUACGGCAGUGUCUUGCCAAAUGCUUUACGAUUUCACAUGUCUGCGGAAGAAAUGGAGUGGUUCAAUCAUUAUAAAAAGUCCCUUGCCACUUAUAUGAGAUCACUGGGAGGAGAUGAAGGUUUGGACAUUACACAGGAUAUGAAACCUCCAAAAAGCCUAUAUAUUGAAGUGCGGUGUCUAAAAGACUAUGGAGAAUUUGAAGUUGAGGAUGGCACUUCAGUCCUAUUAAAGAAAAAUAGCCAGCACUUUUUGCCUCGGUGGAAGUGUGAGCAGUUGAUUAGACAAGGGGUUCUGGAGCACGUCCUGUCAUGACUACGCAGAGGCCCUGCCAGGCUCUGCCUGCCGUGCGAGGCUGAACUCACUCACAAAUCUUCUACAUUUCACUCUCUCCACCUCCCUCUUUGAUUUUAAAUGUUAUAGACAUUCUUUAAGGUAACCAGGAAUACUUGACUAGGAGUAUAAUUUGCUAGCUAUUAAGGACUUUUGUUUUUCUAUGUUGUAUACUGUU